UAGGAUAAAAGAGAAAGUGUGUAAUUGAAGGGAGACGCAGAGUGAAAACAAAUGACAUCAUACCUCUCAGCUUCCUUAUAUAGCCGAUGAUCAUUUAACACUGAACAGCCUUGCUACUGUGUGAGUAAUAAAAGGAGGCUGUUUUAUUAAUUAUUUCCCCAGUCAUAAAUGAAAUCCUAGUGAAACGAUGACAGAAUGUAAAGCUCUUGACAUUUAGGCUGCCUUUUCAUUUCCAGCUGGAAUAUUCUACAGGGAUGCUUUUAGUGUCCGUCUUUUAUUUUUAGUCCAUCAUCCCUUCACUUAUUAUUUAUUAGGCAUAGCAGAUGCUCUUUGACGCAUAAGGACGAAGGGGGCCAUCAUGGAUGGAUGGAUUGGUUUCUAAAACAACCCUGCUGUUUAUUCAGCAUCGGGACCGCCCAUUAGUAGCCUAUAGCAGUCAGAAAUGACAGUCAGAGUUGUGUUUUUGGUGUUAAACAUCAAUAUGUGUAUAUUUGUGAGGUUGUCUAGGACACUACAGGGCCGAAAAACUAAGUACCCAAAGCCUACAGGUACAUUUUGUUCUUCAAGCUACAAACAAUGCAUAUGUAACCUCAGAAGUGGAACAGUCCAGGUGCUGUUAUGUUUGAAAUCAAAUUCACUUUCAUACUAAAAGGAUAUAAGUAUGUACCGUUCAAAGCCAAGUGUUUAUUCCUUGGAUGUACGCUUUUUCUUUGAAAGUGUAUGCAAUGUUUACCCCUGUUGACUUUUGUACUAUUUCUAGCAUAGUAAUUAGGUGAGCAUUCAUGUUUUUAGUUGGAGAUCAAUAAAAUAUCUAUCUAUCUACAGUAUCUAUCUGUCUAUCAAAAAUUAAUGGUAUUGUGCAGGAAUAUUGAGUUCCUCGAGAUACAAUCAAUGUAAUUGUACCCUGAGUGCUAUAAAUGGACUCCUUAAGGUCUGUCUAUCUGUCUGUCUGCUUUCCAGCCAUUUCAAUACUUUUCCAGUUUUAUUUUCCAAGCUUUCAACAUUUUCUUUGCCGUGUUAUUUUCUUUGUCUUUUUAAAAGGUCAUGAAAAUGGAAACCAGACAACGUGGUAUACAUUAGGGAAGCCGAUUGUGUGUAGAAUAAGGGAAUAUCUUUAAAAAAAAAAAAACAUUUAAAACCUUUGUGUCUACAUUACCUUGACAACAGAAUACCCACAUUUGUCCAAAAUCAUUUUAAUCCCAUUGUUUUUCCCAGGUUUGGAUAUUAGCAUGUUUAAAUUCCAUACUUUUCCUAAAUACAUACAUUCCCACCCACGCCGUUCAGUGUGAAUCCUAUAUCUAUAUUGCGAUUUAAUAUAAACGCAACCUUGCACCUUGUUUUUAUUUACACAUCCGGGUUCUCGUUGCCUGCACGGCCCCGCCCCCUCGCUUGUUACUGCACGCCUUGAGUGUCAAUCAUUUAACGGUCCCGCCUCCCGGUGACGUCCUGGACACAGAGCAGCUAGUCUAUCACAAACACAAAGGAGAGCAACAAAGCAGUGACAUGAACACAGCAGUUGACACACAACACUGCUCAGGAUUCAACAAAACUGAGACCAGACAAUCACACAACAGCAAGCAGUCUGCUGUGGGGAAAAAUACAUCAACAAAUCAACAGUUUAGUGUUUAUGUCAGAGCUUUGCGCUGAGGAAGAAGAUCCUGUUCAGGUGGUUGUUUUUUCUCCCGUGGUGUUUGUGUGGAGCGUGCCACACACCCACUCCACAACAACGACGGCUUUUGCUUGCAUCUUCCAGUGUUUCUUCUGUCAGCAAGUUCAGCAGAGCUGCAACUCAUCCAGCGCCAGCGCAGACGAGCCCAGCGAGGAGAACCACGACUGUGAGAUGGUGAAGAUGACCAAGUCGAAAACCUUCCAGGCUUACCUGCCCAACUGCCAUCGCACCUACAGCUGCAUCCACUGCCGAGCACACCUGGCCAACCAUGAUGAGCUCAUCUCAAAGUCAUUCCAAGGCAGCCAAGGACGAGCCUACCUCUUCAAUUCAGUGGUGAACGUGGGCUGCGGUCCAGCAGAGGAGAGGGUUCUCCUGACAGGUUUACAUGCCGUGGCAGAUAUCUACUGUGAAAAUUGCAAAACCACUCUGGGCUGGAAAUACGAGCAUGCUUUCGAGAGCAGUCAGAAAUACAAAGAGGGAAAGUUCAUCAUCGAGCUGGCGCACAUGAUUAAGGACAACGGCUGGGAGUGACUGCCUUGUCCAUUUUCUUUCUGCUCAGUGACCUUUCCGGCCGCUCUGUAGCGGACUUCAGAGUGAUACUGCGCACUCAUACACACACAGAUACAUGCACACACCCAGAUACACACUCUGUCAUUCUACCACCACCAUGCUUUACACCCCGACGCAUUCAGACUCCCCCUACCAGUGUUCUGAAACUCAACACGAUAGAGCGAUGGGGAGAAGCAGAGGGGGGGAAACACCGAGCUCUCGCUCCUCCAUCCGCACUCCUCCAUCCGCACUCACUGUCCUCCGAGAUGUAGAUGCUCGACUUGAGGAUUUGCUCCGCCUCUCUAACUGGUUUUUGUGUCGCCGCCCAUCGUGAGCAGUUAACAGUAUCUGGAAGAAUUUUUCUCUUUCCUCUUUUCAUUCUCACCCUGUUUCAAGAAGCGAAUGAUAAGGUGUGUGUGUGUGUGUGUGAGUGUGUUUUCAUGUAGGAAUCCUUUCUGAUGGACUGAUGUUACUGGUUAGCAUUACUCUCAGAGACAGAUUUUCACAGAGCACGCUCUUUUCUGUGUCGGGAUGGGGUUGGGUGGGGUGUUUUGGGCGGGGCCAGAUACGAUCGACAUGAAAUGUUUUACCUGGAGAUUUAUAGAAAGGGGUGUGGCUUAUGUAGCAGUAUGGCAGACCCUAUUGGACCAGGGAGGGUUUGAGGGCAGGGUUUGAGCUUUGCAGUGACAUUUUGUAUUUAUAUAUCCCUAUACUUUAUCUAUUGUAAGUGAGAUUAAUCUCUUUUUGAUUUCUCAACCCCCCACCACCCCCCUUCCUCAGAUGACUUCACUGUGCAAUUAUUUGUGCGCCCCUCUGGUACAGUUCGUCCCCUGUCUUUAGCUGUAAUCGGUGCUUUAGGCAAGAUCAUAAAAAAAGUGUUGCUUUUAGUGUUGAGGUGGCAUUUGUGGCAGGCUCCAUGUUUGCAUCAGUACUAUAAGUGAACUUGUGUUUGUUUGUUUGUUUUUAAAUGCUGUCUGAAACGCACUGGACAGCAGGGGAAAACUGAACCUAGUGUAUGUGAUCCACAGCACCGCUUCCUCUCCUCACCUCACCUCUUCUCCAUUCAUAUAUCAAACUCAUCCUGUAGUUUUUCUGAUCACGCCAUCUCACACGCAUACGCAUAUGUUCGGACACGCAUGCAUGCGUCAGUGUGUGUGUGUGUGUGUGUGUGUGUGUUUUACUUGAAUGCAGUUAUUUUGUUUGCACUUUGCAGAGGCCUUGUUCAUGGGUUUAGAGGCAAAAAAAAUCUUUCAGUCCAGGUUCUCGUGGGUGAUUGUAGCUUUGGAUGAACUUCAGGGUCAGGUGAUUGCUGGCAUGAUCAUCUCCCUCUUUUUUUUUUUUUUUCCCUCUCUCUCUCUCUCUCUCUUUUUAAUUUUCUUUUCUAAAAGACGUGUAGAAAAUUCUAGACAUUCUGCUGCUUACCUUUUGCUUCUGUUUCACAAGUUGGCGAAUUAAACCAUAACUGUAAAAACACUAGGAAUCUGGCCAAUUUGAUCAAGAAAACGGAUAAGAAGCAGAAAUGAUGAUAAAAAAAACAACAACAACAUCAACAAAAUGAAAGAAAAUUGAAGUGGUGCGACAUAUUGCAAAGAAAAAACUGCUGCUAUUAAACGAAUGCAAUCCGGAGCUUUCACUUUAUACCUCCUGCACUUUAACUGUGCGUGCGCGUGUGUUUACGUGUACCUCGUCCUCCUCCACAUCUUUGCCUCUAAGCAGCAUGAACCUUGUGCCUCUCCAAAAGGACAAAAAAAUAAAAAAGAGUAAUUUCUCCCUUUCCUGUUGUGCAGUGCAUGACUCCACGAUGAUAGAGUUCCUUCUGUGGCUCUACACGGGUCAAAAAGAACCUCACAGAAAUCUUUAUCCACUUAAAACUAUAUUCAGAAGCGUAGCAUGAUCCGAUUUUUUUUUUUUUUGUAGUCGCAGCGGGUGAAAUUAACACUUGUAUUAUUAUUAUUACGAGGUGGGGAUCGUGAGUGGGCGGGUUACUCGUUGUAACGGGAAGGGGCGGGCUUUCUUCCAGUACCAAGCAGGGCGUUGGAUGUUUCACAUAGAUUUCUAUCGAGUAUAAAUCCACAGAUUAUUGCGAAGUUUUUGGAGUUGAAUCAGUGGCAAAACCUCCGUUUAUCACAUUUAUCGCCAAUAAGGUCAGUCAGGUCACAUGACCUUUUGUUUUAAUCAGCCGAAGUCAAUGCAAACGGGAAUAGUCGUAGAGAUCCUACUUGAAAACAGAGUUACAGACAAGAUAUUGUCCCUGUCUCAGAUUUUGUACAUAAAGUAACAUAUUUAAGGUUUUAUAUAUAUAUUAUAUAUAUAUAUAUAUAUAUGUAUAUGUGUAUAUAUAUAUAUAUAUAUAUACAUACAUACAUACAUACAUAUUUCUACUGGGUUAGUUCCUCUACUUCCCUGACUUGAAGCACUUUUGUUGACUGUACCUCUAGCUUUCUGUAUGUUUGUUUGUGUGUGUGAGACAGAAUGAGUGAAUGAAUGUGACUUUUUUUUUGUUUGUUUGUUUGUUUUGUUUUUCCUCUCUCUCUCUCUCUCUCUCAUUCAGAAGUAAGUUUUUAUUCAUUUUUAUUCAUCUAGCUUUCCCAUGUCGUUGCUUCUGUACUUCCUUUCGUUUUGCUGUCUCGUAGCUUGUUGAUGAUAAACAAGGCUAUUUAUUUGGAAUCUAAAGACUUGCUUUGCUGGUUGUCUCAGUAAGAGUGGGUCUGCUGGUCCUGGUUUAGCAUUGUGCUCAGCGGUGAGCUGGAUUCACCCGCCGAAACAUUCACGAUAAACAUCGACCGAGACCCGAUUCUCGGGGGGAAAAAACACACGCAAAAAAACAAAAAAAAAACAAAACCCAACCAUCAUGAACCUUUAAGUUUCAGAACUCAAACAAGCUGAAGACAAGCGAGACCAGUGUCACUGCUGUCAGUACGCAACCGUGAAUGUGGACUGCUGAAAACUCAAACCAAAAAAAAAAAAAAAAAAAGUUCAAAGUUGUGAUAUUUCAAUUUUAUUCAACGUUGCCAUCAUUUUAUUUAAAAAUUUUUUUCCAAAUGCCUGAAUCGGCUGCUUAGUAUAGUUUGAUCUUCAUCGGUCGUUGAGACACAAUUUAAUUUUCCUCAUUUCCUCCCCUCGGUUUGCCGUCUGCAUUAGUGACACUGGUUUCUAACCUCUAGUUUUAAAGCAUCACAGUUGUGCAGAGGAAACAGUUGGAAGUUUUGAAGAGUGAUUUUUCUUAGGACUGUUAUACGAUAAGGUCUGAAGCAUGUUGUAUUUAUAAAGGCUAUAUUAAGUCUUGCCUGUUUUAUUUUUCUCUCUCAAAGCAAAAAAAAGAAAAAAAAGCAUAUGCUUUUUUUUUCUUUUCUUUUCUUCUUUUUACUUGAUUACAUCGCUUUUUCAUUCUGUCCUAGUGAAAUGUCACGUCUGUUUUUCACUGUAUUGUAAACUAUCAGAUAUCACAAUAAAGCUUAAAUGGAA